UUUUAAACUAUAAAGCGAGCCAAGUCUAGUGUCUCUUGCACAAUGUCGACGGCUUCGAUUAACGCCUCUUGCCUUACCUCCUCCGUUAGCACCCCCACCACCACCAAACCUACAUUACGUCCUUGUGUUGUUGCCUCAUUCAAUCCUUCUUCCUCCUCUCCUUCUCCGCCGAGACUCAUCCGAAACCAACCCGUUUUUGCUGCCCCUGCUCCGAUCAUCAACCCCACUUCGAACGAGGAUAUGGGGAAGAACUACGAGGAGGCCAUUGCAGGUCUUGAGAAACUUCUCAGUGCGAAGGCGGACUUGAAAACUGUUGCAGCUUCGAAGGUGGAGCAAAUAACGGCCCAAUUGCAGACACCAGACAGCACAGGCUUUGACCCUGUUGAGAGGAUUAAGAAAGGCUUCGUUCACUUCAAGAAAGAGAAAUAUGACACAAACCCAGCUCUGUAUUCUGAACUUGCCAAAGGUCAAAGCCCCAAGUUUAUGAUAUUUGCAUGCUCGGACUCUCGGGUUUGCCCAUCACAUGUUUUGGAUAUCCAGCCAGGAGAGGCAUUUGUGGUCCGUAAUGUUGCUAAUAUGGUCCCUCCAUAUGAUCAGACUAAAUACGGUGGAGUGGGAGCUGCCAUUGAAUACGCUGUUCUUCAUCUCAAGGUAUCAUACAUCGUUGUUAUCGGCCACAGCGCUUGUGGUGGAAUUAAGGGUCUCUUGUCUUUUGCUUAUGAUGGAACCAGCUCUACUGACUUUAUAGAAGACUGGGUCAAAAUUGCUUUACCUGCUAAGGCCAAGGUGAAAUCAGACCAUGGUGGUGCAGAGUUCAAUCAACUAUGUGCAUAUUGCGAAAAGGAAGCAGUGAAUGUACACCUUGGAAACCUGCUUAGCUAUCCAUUUGUAAGAGAAGGGCUGGUGAAUAAAACUCUUGGAUUGAAGGGCGGUUACUACGACUUUAUAAAUGGAAAAUUUGAGCUGUGGGAACUUGAUUUUGGCCUUAAUCCAUCUUUCUCCGUAAAAGAUGUGGCCACGAUACUGCAUUGGAAGCUCUAGGCACUUGUUAGAGGGCAUAGCCUGCAAAGAUGAGGCUCUUUUCAUCAUAUUAUAUAAUAAUCCCAAUCGGGUUUUGCAGAGCAGCCUAUCUUGUCGAGAGUAGGAUGUAAAUUGUUCAUCCAAAAUCCUUUAGAAAUAACAGUUCGUCCCAAAUCCUUUCCACAUA